CUCAUUAGAAAAAUGUCUAGGCUGAUGGGACCCCCUGAUAAGUUUCUGCCAUCCGAGUGGAAGCAUGCAAACCAGGUGCAUUUCAGGAGUUCGGAGGCAGAACGAGCGCACUCGGAGAAACUGAGAGCAGAGUGUCAGAGACUCAUAGAGGAGAGCAACAAAUCUACCAAACACAUGCAACAGGAUGCACAAAAGAAGCUGGAGCAGAGAAUCCAGGACAUCAAAUUCUGGAGGCAGGAACUGGAGAAGAAGUUUGAGGAGAUGGUGCAGGAGAUCGAGACCCUCGUCGUCUUCAAGAGCCGUGUGGAAAAAGCCUUGGAGAGCUGCUCUCAGCCUUUUCAAGUGACUUUGCAAUGUCUUACUGAGAGAGAGAAGCGUGUGGCGAUUGACCUGGUGCAUGAUGGGGUGGAAGAGGAACUGUUGAAGGAGAAGGAGCUGAUUGAGGGUGUGAUGGUUCUUCUACAGCGAACACUGGAGCAGAUCAACGAGCAGAUCAGGCUUAUUCGUUCAGUGAAGUACUAUCUGGAAAAGGACUUGCAGGACAAAUUUCAGGCCGAACGCAUCGAUGAUUUCUGCUCUCUUCUCACCAACACAUCGCCUGAUUUAAACGGAGGGAAUUCAAACUUAACAAGUGUUGGAAUUGCAGUGAAUCCUGAGGAAUGGGAGAGCCUCUGCAACUUAAACGUUAGCAAAGCGGAGAAUGAGAAGAAUAACUCUCUUUCUCUGAGAGCUCUUGUGGCAAGCUUGCUAGAGCAGACGGCUGCAGACAUGCGCAGACAGUAUGAGGCUACGGGAAGGGCAUUUGAGCUGCGCAUACAGGAGACCAAAACUGCCAAAACACAGCUUGAGAACCAGCUCAAUGAGCUGCUAGCAGAGAUAGCAAAUCAAGAAAAGAAUCUGGAGGCUCUAAAAGCGGCUAUCGCAGAGAAAGAAGCUCCAGUGAAAGUGGCUCAGACUCGACUGUCCGCUCGCAGCCAAAGGCCCAACGUUGAGCUCUGCCACGACCCGGCUCAAAUCCGGCUGCUGGCAGAGGUCAAGGAGCUCGCUAACAACAUCGAGAGACUAGCCGAGGCGUUCCAGCUUUCAGAGAUGAAACUGAAAGCUCUAGCAAGCAGCCAGCUGAGCCUGGAGGAGGAGAUCCAGGUGAAGACCAACUCUCUGUACAUAGAUGAGGUGAUCUGCCUUCAGCAACGUCAGCCUGUCGUUAUUCACAACUUCUGAACAGAGCUCAUGUACGACGGAAAUGCCUAGUAUAGUUAAUGGCGUUUUGGAAGAAGAGUUUCCUUUAAAUCAUUUUAAGUUAUUAUGAUGGUUUCAAUACAACAUCUAAUGUCUUUAAAAAUCUCUACUGGGAUGUUUCCUCUCAGAAUCUGUUUGUUGCACACAGCGAUGUUUUGAUAAAAUGUCUUUAAAAAAAUGCUAAAUUAAAAAGAUAUACAAAUAAAAAAGAUGAUCCCAAUUUA